GACGUGAACGGCGGCGGCAGAAGGACAACAAGCGUCGAUAGAAAAGGAACCGGUUUGCUGUUGCCUCUUGUGCGCCUCAGCGGACUCUGGAACGUCAGUCGCCAGUAUGCCGAUAGCCAGGAGGGCUUGGCUCAACUGGAUCGUCGCCCUGCAGGCUCUGGCGGUGGCGAUCGUGUUCACGUGUUCCAGGGAGUGCCUCUGUGUGCCAAUCGUAACGCCGUCCAAGGGCAGGACCCGCUUCGCGAACAUCUCCAUCCACCGUAACCAACCCCACCGCAAGCCUCUGCCCAGUGUGCACAAGCUCAACACUUCUUGCCUCCAGGACAACAGCUUCUGCGAGAGCCUCCCUGGCUACCCAAAGGAGCUCGUGACGAGCGUGAUGACGCUCCGCGGUGCGCCAUUCCGGAGCUACUUUGCGGAAGUGGAUCGCGACGAGGCGCUGCUGGACGACCUGGCGCCGCCGUCGUCCGAGCAGCGGGUCCGCGUGCCCUUCGGCAGCGACGUGGACGAGGCGCAGGUGUGCGACGUGCGCGUCGAGGUGCGUUACCCGCGCUUCGGCGUCGACAAGGACGGCGACAUGCGCCUCAUCGUCAACGAUGGCGGCGACUUCAAGCAGCCCGUGCGCGUCGAAGUCUGCAGGAACGAAGGCGGCACUUGCGACCGGAUCCACGACAUGCUUCCGGCCGGCCACUCGACCCGCUGCGCCACCAAGUACGUGAACCGGGUUCUGGUGGCACUCUUCACCGAGGACAACCGCGUCGAGCCCAAGCCGACCAAGUUCGCCUUCCCGGCGGCAUGCGUCUGCUACGUGCGCACCUAUUACUACCCGAGCAAAGUGUGAAAACGGCCGCGCACCGCCUCUGCACGCCGCUGAUGAUGGACUGCGACUUGGCAGCGCGUUGGCGGUGCGCGGGGAUCUCGCGGCAAAGCGGGCGCGAAGCCAACCAGAGGCCGGCCUUGUGCCGGUGCUAGGACCACGGCAGCUAUGCACCGAGCCACGCUCCGCAUCGCACGGACGGUGUCGGCCACCAGCCGCAGGCCUCAUAGCGUACUGCGCUGGUCUUGACCAAGUCUUCCCUUCCCGGUGCAAUGUUUCCCGCCAGCCACGCCUCGUCGAAUGGCAAUUUCAUCUCGGCAGCGCUAUACUCACGGCAUGCCUUGCCCCCUUUUUUUUUUUUCGUUUUUUUUUUUCAUGCCGUUUCUUUAUAUCGUUUUAUGGCAAAGAGUGUGCGGUCUUGAGUGUAUAGUGUAAAUGGGGGGACUUCCAAAGUGCUGUCGCAAAGUAUCUUGAGCGUGUACGCAAGGAAACAAUUAGUGACAGAUAGAAUCGCGUCAGAAAAAGCAAUGGGCGGGAGGGACGACCGGUGGACUUGCCGUUCCCUAGAAUGGUGGACUCAUCCCGUCUGCUGCUUCCUGUUGUGUAAGAGCCCGCACCACUGGACUCGAGGCUAGAAAACGGCAAUUAUAUUGCGGAAACACACGCCUAAUAUGUGUUUUAUCAAAAAUGCAAUCACACACCGGGCAACAGGUUCUAGCAGCGAGAAAAACAAUGCUCGAGUGGGAAAAAGUCGCUCAAUAUAAGACUUGCCUGGUGAUGGGCAUAAACCUAAAUAAGCAAAUAUAAAGUGUUCUGGGCUUUUUUUUUUUUUUUGAAAUGCUGGUAGAAUCAUUAGCUGGGAACGUGUAUAAGGGUUGCUUGCCAUACGGGCUUCCUGCGAGAUUAUCUUAAAACAUACGCCUAUCUGUCGCUCACUCCAAAUAGCGAGGCGAGGGAGAAAAGAUAAAAGUAACUGAAGUGAACAGGGUUUUUCAAUUAAUUUUUUUUUUCUUGUCUGUGCGACUUUCCAGAUUACACAACAUGAGGGUGGGAAUAUAGGAGGAAAAGACGGAUGAGGGCAUGCCGACAAUAAACGAGCAAAAGAGAAUUGAGUCGUAUAGCGAAUGUGUAAAAACCAAGGUGAGCCAAUUUUAUUUACACUGCAGGGGUCAGUCGGUGCUCCCUCUUGUUUUUCUACCAUCAAUACUGAAAAUUUUUUAUGCCUCAUUUUCAAUCACUGUACUGCAAUAAACAUUGCUUCAUGAUGAGCC